AUGCGGAAAUACAAGGGACAUACAAAGCUCGUCAUUAAACCUGGCUCGACGGAUGAAGUCAGUAAAGUGCUGAAAUAUUGCAAUGACAACAUGCUGGCUGUUGUACCACAAGGCGGCAAUUCGGGUCUUGUGGGCGGCUCGAUUCCUGUAUAUGAUGAAAUCGUGAUCAACAUGUCCCGUAUGAACAACAUCAGAGACUUUGACGAAGUCUCUGGUACUCUCGUCGCUGAUGCGGGAUGCAUCCUAGAAGUCGUCGACCACUUUUUAGCAGAAAAGAAUCAUAUCUUCCCUUUGGAUCUUGGUGCAAAAGGCUCAUGUCACAUCGGAGGUAAUGUGGCUACCAAUGCGGGUGGGCUACGUCUACUGCGGUAUGGCAGUCUGCAUGGAAACAUUCUCGGAAUCGAGGCAGUGCUCCCAGAUGGCACCGUGAUGGACGAUCUGAGCAAACUCCGUAAAAAUAAUACGGGCUACGAUAUAAAACAACUUUUCAUCGGUGGGGAAGGCACGAUAGGUAUCAUCACAGGCGUUUCAGUUCUAUGUCCGCAGAGGUCGAAGGCUGCGAACGUGGCUUUCUUUGGCCUCGAAAGCUUUGAGAAGGUCCAAGAAGCAUUUCGCGCAGCAAAAAGCCAAUUGUCCGAAAUUCUUUCGGCGUUCGAAUUGAUGGACGGGCAGAGCCAGGAUUUGGUUCAUGCAGUCACGGACAAGAAGCGCCCGCUGGAAGGCCAACACCCAUUCUACUGUCUGAUCGAGACGAGCGGUUCGAAUCCCGACCACGACAGCGAGAAAUUAGAAAAGUUUCUUGAGCACGUAAUGAGUGAAGAAAUCGUAUCGGACGGCGUCCUUGCUCAAGAUGAAACUCAGGUACAGUCACUGUGGUCCUGGCGCGAGGGUAUCCCCGAGUGCUUGGGACACUGGGGUGGUGUGUACAAAUACGACCUCUCGAUACCAUUACCAGAGCUUUACAAACUUGUUGAGGAUACGAGGGAACGUCUCACAUCCGCUGGUCUUGUUGGCGACGACGAGAAAUACCCGAUAGUCGGUGUUGUAGGUUAUGGCCACAUGGGAGACUCAAAUUUGCAUCUCAACGUUGCGACAAGAAGGUUUGAUAAGGAAGUUGAGAAGAAGCUGGAGCCGUUCGUAUACGAGUGGAUUGCUAAACGCAACGGCAGUAUCAGUGCAGAACAUGGCCUAGGCCUUGCUAAAAAGGCAUUCAUUGGAUACAGUCGAAGUGAGACUAUGAUACGGCUAAUGAAGCAGAUCAAAGAUCUUUACGACCCUAAUGGUAUCAUGAACCCAUAUAAGUACAUUUAA